CCUUAUAAAUAGGGGUCUCUCAUCUUGGAAAUUGUCAUAAAACAUUCACGCUUCUUUCUUUUGCAAUCUCAUCGCUCUCCUUACAGUUUUUGAUCGAAUUACUCAGCUACUUUCAUGGUUGAACUCGACAUCCAGAUCCCCUCCUCUUUUGAUCCAUUUGCUGAAGAUAUUAGCUCAGGUGCCGCUGGGGCGAAAGAGUAUGUGCAUAUCCGUAUACAGCAAAGGAACGGAAAAAAGAGCCUUACAACAGUACAAGGACUAAAUAAGGAAUUCAGCUACGACAGGAUUCUCAAGGACCUGAAGAAGGAAUUCUGCUGCAAUGGUACCGUCGUGCAGGACAAAGUCUUGGGGAAAGUUAUUCAACUUCAAGGUGAUCAGCGUAAAAAUGUCUCUGAUUUCCUUGUGAAGGCUGGUAUUGCACAGAAGGACAAUAUCAAAGUACAUGGUUUUUAAGCACUUGAAUGUGUCAGACAAGAACUCUACUGGAAUUUUAUAUUAGUAUCUUCGUGGUUAGCUAGUUGGUUUGUUCAAUUUAAUUUCUCUGCACUUCUGUGGCUUUUUGUUUAUAAGGUUUGGUGGUAGUAUGUGAUUGAGACAAUAUUUCACACAGUACAAUGAUUGUUGGAACCAUAUCUUUAUCAAUAAGAAUUUAAUUUUCGGAA